AUGAUAUUUAUUUUGUUAUAAACAGUUUUAGCAAAACAACUUACUAAUCUUACAACUCACGUUCUAUUCAAUAAAAUAUCUGAGUCUGAAUAAGUCAACAUAGUAGUGACAUAGUAAUUAAACAUUAGAGACUACCCAUAAGCAAAGUACGUGAUUGAUGCUAAAUUGGAAUCAGAAUAAAAGGGAAGCUCUUGUUUUGUCAAAUAAGGAUCAAUACAAUUCGGAGAUUACUCAUAAUAUAGUUAAAAAAUAUUCGAAUUGCCUAACAUAGAAAGUAACGAUCCAGAAUUACUACUAAACAUCCCUGUUUUGUUGAAUAUGGUACAUAUUAAAAAAGCUUUUGCCAUAGUGACAAGCAAUAAUCAACUAUUACUCUAUAAAGUCAAUAAAAACACAUCUAACAUCGUGGGACAUGAAAUUCAAUUGGAAGCCAACCACUCCUUUCAACAUCUACGUUAAUGGGCAAAAAUAAUUGAACCACCACAAAUUAUAUACACUGAUUAAACACAAUACAUUUAUUUGAUCUAUAGAAAUUAAAUACUUGGAGGAAAGGUGAACUAUGACAAUUUAGGCUCAUUUGUUCUGAGAAAUAUUACGAAUUAGGGAUUUGAAAAUGAUAACAAUUAUUUAGGUCAAGUCAAGGUGUUUGGUUGGCAUGUGUUUGUUCCAGUAGGAGUUGAGGGAUUAGACAUUUAUCAAUAUGAAGAAAAUGGGGAACUCACUAUCAUAGGGAAUAUGAAUUCGACUACUUUUUACAAUAAAAUAAAUAAUGUUAAGAUAGUUGAUGUGGCAUUCGGAGGAUAUGAAAAUGAAAAGUACAUGUAUGUCCUUGAUCAAUUAAGAGGGAUCACAAGAUUUAUUAUCACAUCUAAUUCAUCUGGAUUUGCAGCCUAAUUAGAUACUGAUUUAGGUUUUAUAGAUAUAUCUCAUGGCACUACUUUAGCAGAACAUAAUAACAGUUUUAUCUUAGUUUUAUAAGAAAGAGGAGUUAUCAACACUCUAGUUGAAAUAGGUCUAUAUCAAAAUGACUGGUUUAAAGUGAAGGUUCAUUAUUUGACAGGUAUCUAUUCAGAAAUAGAUAUCUUACCUGAAUUCACUAUUUUAAGAGGAAAGGAUGAACACAGAAUAAUUAGAACUGGCAUUUACGAGAAAUUUGAACCAACCUUUGUUUUCACAUAAAAGGAUAAUUUAUAUUAGGAGAGACAGAAUUCCUUUUAUGAAGAGUAUGUCUUUAUACCAAGUCUAAUAACCAUGGAUUUCUAUGAUGUAGACAAAGGAGCUCUUAACAUUACAAACAACUUUAAUUAUAAUAUUACAAACUCAUUCUUGAUCGGCAUUACUUCUUAAUCAAUUGUGUAUAUGCCAUAUAUAAUUGAAAAUCCUUACAUCAGAUGCAACCCAAGAACUAAUAGAUCUAUAGGAAGAUCUUUUGAUUAUAAAUUAAGCAUUAAUGCAACUCAUUGUCCAUAAAAGGAAAAGCUGACAGGCAUUCCUCCUUAAUUAAUUUUAUGCUAAUACGUAGAUUAAUUCAAUCUUAAAAUAAUAAAUGGGGAUGGCUUCAUUUAUAAUACAGAAACCUUGGCCUCCAUCAUGAUGGGAUUCAUAGUGCUCUUAAUAAUAUUGUCUAUAUUGUUGGCUUACUUAUAUUCAAGAUAUAGAGUAAAGAAAACUGCCUUAUAAAAUGAUAUAUAAGGGUUUGGCGAAACUAUUAAUCGAGAAGGAUAUGACAUGGGUCAAUAGUAUUCGUAAUCGUGA